AUGGACAUUAAAUUCAUCUGGACUGGUAACGAUGCUAAAGCUCUAGUGUACUAUACAACUGAUUACAUCACAAAAUCAAGCCUUGCUUUCUAUGAUAUGUUUGCACUUGCACAACAAGGAAUCAGAUCCAUUGAGCAGCAACAAGCAACAGCUGGGACUGAAAGUGCUAUUGAAAAAUCGCGCAAAUUCGUGUUGCGCGGUGCUACAAUACGAAUUGCUUCACAUCAAGAAGUUUCUGGCGUUCAAGUGGCAUCGUAUCUAAUGAAUUAUGGAGACCAUUACACUACGCACGCAUUUAGAAAUAUUUUCCUCAUCUCGAUUGAAAACUAUCUACAAGCAGAAAUAAUGAAAGUCAGACUAAGUGAAAAAGAUAUUGAUGAAGAGGAAUCGGAUGGUAAAGAGUAUUAA